AGGGAGGAAAAACUGGUCCGAUCCAACAAAUUAAAGGAAUCCAUUUUUGCUUUUUCUUUUGUUCAGUGCGACAAAAUAAUAAAACAGAGGAGAAAAAAGAAAAGGGGGAAAAAAGGAAGGAGAGAGAUAGGAUUAUGAUGAAAGGCAAAGGCAAAGCGGAGUAGAGAAGGGGAAGGAGAAGGGGGGUCGUUUUCUGGUAAAUAGUGCUCUUGGUUUGCUUUCCCUGAACACAUUCGCACAAAGACAUGUACUGAGACGAAAUUGAUAGGGGCGACUCAGCUUAUUGUAGUCCCUCAAGGGGGCAGCAAAGUUAUGGCUGUCAGAUUAGCGUGCAAUUUUUAUUGUUCAAAAGGAAAACAGUGGGGGCCUCAUGGGUCUCUUCUCUUUCUCAAACAAACUCCACACCCCUUUUUCUUUUUCAUUUUCGUUUUCAUCUCCGUUCUGGUUUGCCCAAUUCGGGGUUUUGAGUAAUUUCCCCCCUCCAAAGAUUUCUCGGUGGUGGGGGCGGUGGUGCUGAUUCAGAGGGAGAGGGAACAUUCUGGGGUUGGCCUUUUGUGUUUGUGUAGCUGUGGUGGCUGUCAAACAUGAGGCACAGCUCAUAUUUCUGAUGGGUGGCCUUUACUUUUCUUUCUCUCUACUUUGUGGGGUUCUCUGCGGAUACGAGUGCUCGCCUCUGUGAAUGUGAACAUUGUUUCUGAUUGUUGUGCCCAUCGAUAUUUGAUUCUUCGUGCUUGCCAAAGUGAAUAAAGCAAUACCCAAACCCAACCUCUGAUCUCUCGUCCUUUUUAGUUGCAGGUGUUGAUGAGCUUUCAAAUCAAGUUGAGAAGAUCAGAAAAGACUUAAGAAAGACGUUGGAACAGGGGAUUUUGAGUUGUGAAACUCUGUGGACUGGGAAGGAUCUUUUGGUUUUUGACCCAUUGGAAAGGAAAGGAAAGGGAAGGAAGGGGAAAAAGUAAAAUAAAAAACCAACAAGGAAGACAAAAUCUAGAGGGGAAGGAUAAAGAAAUAAGGGAAAGGACGGUGGUGUCAGGUAUUAGGCAAGUGGGGGUGUCUCCAGCUUUGCGAAUUAUAUACGUUUUUAGAGUGUUUUCUUAGUAAUGUCACACCCAUUCGACCCUCUAUCCCCGGGGUCCUUGGGAAGUGUUACUCAUUGAGGAAGCAAUCUCUUAAUUUACAACUUUUUUCAGUUUCAGUGUGUGUGAUUCUUUAAUUACAAAACCCCACUCUCUCCCUCUCAUCACUUUGAAGAAAAUAUUCGGUCACACUAGGGAAAACCCCCAAGAUUUCCUUGUUCAUUUGAUAUCUUCAACAUAAGAGAUCGGGUUGAGCUCCGGUGUUUCGUCCCACUUCUUUGGUUUGUCUUCUAUUUACGGGUUUGCUGUGGAUUGACAUCAAGAAUAUUGAAGCAGAGAAAGAAAACAGAAACUCAGAUCCAUUUUCUUGAUCAAGAACAUGAAGUUUAUGAAACUUGGAUCCAAGUCUGAUGCAUUUCAGACUGAUGGGGAUAAAAUUAGGUAUGUGGCGAACGAGCUAGCAACUGACAUCGUUGUCAACGUUGGAGAUGUGAAGUUUUAUCUGCAUAAGUUUCCGCUUCUGUCGAAAAGUGCGCGGUUGCAGAAAUUAGUCACUCAGUCAAAUGAAGAGAAUAGUGACGAAAUCCAUAUCCUGGAUAUACCAGGUGGACCGGCCGGUUUCGAAAUCUGUGCUAAGUUCUGUUAUGGCAUGGUUGUCACUCUCAAUGCCUACAAUGUCGUUGCUGCUAGAUGUGCGGCCGAGUAUCUAGAGAUGUAUGAAACUGUUGAGAAAGGAAAUCUCAUCUACAAGAUCGAAGUCUUUCUCAACUCAAGCAUCUUCAGAAGCUGGAAGGACUCGAUAAUUGUUCUUCAGACAACAAAGUCUCUUCUUCCAUGGUCUGAGGAGCUUAAGGUGGUGAGUCACUGCCUUGAUUCCAUAGCUUCCAAGUCUUGCAUUGAGACUUCGAAGGUCGAAUGGUCAUACACCUACAACCGAAAGAAGCUGCCAUCUGAAAAUGGGGAUGAUUCUCAUUGGAAUGGUGUGAGAACGCAAAAGCUUGUUCCUAAAGACUGGUGGGUUGAAGACCUCUGCGAGCUUCAAGUAGAUUUAUACAAGCGAGUAAUAACCACAAUUAMAUCGAGGGGUAAAAUCAGUGGCGACGUAAUUGGGGAAGCUUUAAAAGCAUAUGCCUCGCGGAGGUUACCUGGGUUUUCUAAAGGUAYGGUUCAGGGGGGUGAUAUUGCAAAAAAUAGACUACUGGUGGGCACAAUAGUACAGCUACUUCCCACAGGGAAGGGGGAAGUCUCCUGUAACUUCUUGCUUAAGUUGUUAAGGGCAGUGAUUCUGCUGGAUUGUGGAGAGAUGGGAAAACUUGAACUGAUGAAAAGAAUUGGUCAGCAGCUAGAUGAGGCCACAGUGGCUGAUCUUUUGGUUCGAGCUCCUGCCGGUGAAACAAUGAUAUACGAUGUUGACAUGGUCCAAAACCUUGUCGAGGAAUUUGUGGCACAGGUGCAGAAUGUCCACACUGAUCUCCACAUGGAAAAUGAAUACCAUGARAUUAGAAGUCCAAAGUUUAUUUCUGAUGCUUCCAAGUUGAUGGUUGCAAAGCUGGUUGAUGGCUAUCUUGCAGAAGUUGCUCGCGAUCCUAACUUACAACUAUCAAGAUUUAUCUGUCUUGCUGAAUCAGUAUCAAGCUUCUCCAGACCAUCUCAUGAUGGACUGUACCGGGCCAUCGAUAUGUAUCUGAAGGAACACCCUGGAAUCAGCAAGAGCGAGCGGAAGAAAAUAUGUCGAUUGAUGGACUGCAGAAAAUUGUCCCCCGAUGCGUGUAUGCAUGCUGUGCAAAACGAGCGGCUUCCUUUGCGCGUCGUUGUUCAGGUUCUUUUCUUUGAACAAAUGAGAGCCUCAGCAGCAUCAGCUGGUGACAGCACGCCGGAUCUACCGAGUUCAAUUAGGGCCUUACUCCCUGGAGGGGGAUCUCAUGGAAGCUCGAGGUCUACCACGACGAACACUGAGGACGACUGGGAUUCUGUUCCAACUAUUGAAGAAAUAAGGGCGUUAAAAGGGGAGCUCGCCGCUCUGAAGCUAGGAAGUGGGGAUAGAACUGGAAGCGACAGUGCUAGAAACAACCUCGAAAGGGCUGCAGGGAAUAAAAUGAAGGGCAUGCUCAUAUCAAAGAAGAUAUUUUCGAAACUCUGGUCGAACAAAGAGAGGAACGGAGAGAUCAGUAGCUCCGAGACAUCAGAAAGCCCGGGUUCUUCAAAUGCAGAGGAAACGAAGUCGACCCCCUCAAGAAGCCAGAGGCAUUCGAUAUCAUAAUUCUACAAAUGUAGUAAUUGUUAAUUUUUUUGCUGGCAAUCUGUAAAAUUUUUCUCAAAUCUUUUGACAGUUAGAACAAGUAGAAUCCACUGACAUAUUCCACCAUGACAAAGGAGAAUUUGGUCGUAUGCUGUGCAUGUACAAGGUAAGCUCCUACUCCUAGGUCGGGGUCUCUGUUUUUUCUUACAGUUGAAUUCUUGUAAGAAUUGUUGGUCUGUAUGUUUUUGUUUUAUGGGUCGUUCGGUUAUAUUUUUGUUGUACCAUAAAUCAGAACGUAGUGAGGAAUGUCAGAGACUGCUUUAUUGGGAUUUUGGGUGGUGCUGCUGGUCCUCUUCUUUAUGUGACAUUACAAAACAAAAUUCACUCAA